AUGUGCCGCUACGCAGACAUGGAUCUUCUCGAGCGAGCAGUUGGCCGUGACGGCCGUGUUCUCGCUUUUGAAGUAUCAUCACUGGCACGGGAAUGGGCCUGCUCCCUCAAUGCUAGCCGAUGUCUCCUGCACGCCUCGCUCAUCGCCCGAUAUCUUGAACGCACGAGUAUCUCCGCCGAGCCUGGAAUUCAUGUCCCUCGUGCAUUAUUCUCUGCAGCACUGGUAUAUAUGUGUGUAGCACAAUAUCGCCCAAUCACGUGA